UUCAAACUGCCCUCCUUUUCGCCUGAACCACCACACAAAGCCGAUCAGAUCACUAGCAUGAUCAGCUGCUAAUUCACCGGAAUCGGAACCCUAGGAGAGAGAAGUGUAUCGAUAGAGUGUUCACUCAAGAGUUUGCUGGAAAACAAACGCAGAUCUAUUAGCAAACGCAAUUGGUAGUAGUGAUCAUCUGCAAAGAUAGGAGGGUGCCUCUCACUCAGGACCCCGGCCGAGGGGCCUAAACCCUCGGCGGGUCCGAAGAGUCUUUCUAGGAGACUCUCUUCCCCUAUCCCUAUCCGCUCAUCGCCGUUGCAGUUGCCGGACAGCGUUUGUAGCAGCAGCGGGAGUGGAGACGGCAAGAUGAAGGUUUUGUUCAAGUCCAAGCCUAGGACUCCCGUUGACCUCGUUCGUCAGGCUCGAGAACUCCUCAUCUAUGUUGAGCACAGCUCUGACUCCGAUCUUCGUGAUUGCAAGCGUGAAGACAAGAUGGCGGAAUUGAGCAAGCUUAUGCGGGAAUUAAAGCAAGUCCUUUAUGGGAAUAGUGAAGCUGAGCCUGUUGCAGAGGCUUGUGCACAGUUGACUCAAGAGUUCUUUAGAGAGAACACACUACGCUUGCUAAUUAGCUGUCUUCCAAAAUUUAAUUUAGAGACCCGUAAAGAUGCCACUCAGGUUGUGGCAAAUUUGCAAAGGCAACAAGUUCAGUCACGGUUGAUUGCUUGUGACUACUUGGAAGCAAAUAUCGAUCUGAUGGAUAUAUUGGUAGCAGGUUAUGACAAUGCGGAUAUGGCAUUGCAUUACGGUUCUAUGUUGAGAGAAUGCAUUCGACAUCAGAGUGUUGCCAAGCAUGUUUUGGAAUCAGAGCACAUGAAGAGGUUUUUUGACUAUAUACAGUUUCCAAAUUUUGACAUUGCUGCGGAUGCUGCUGCUACUUUCAAGGAACUGCUGACAAGACACAAAUCUACUGUAGCAGAGUUUCUGUCAAAGAACUACGAUUGGUUUUUUGCAGAGUAUAACUCGAAGUUGCUAGAGUCUGCCAAUUAUAUUACCAGAAGGCAGGCUGUUAAACUAUUGGGGGAUAUGCUAUUGGACCGAUCUAAUUCAGCAGUGAUGACACGAUAUGUUAGUUCAAGAGACAACUUGAGAAUUCUGAUGAAUCUUCUCAGGGAGUCAAGCAAGAGCAUCCAGAUUGAAGCAUUUCAUGUAUUUAAGUUAUUUGCUGCCAAUCAGAACAAGCCUCCAGAUAUCGUAGGCAUCCUUGUUGCAAACAAAAGCAAGCUUCUGCGCCUCUUUUCUGAUUUUAAGACCGACAAAGAGGAUGAGCAGUUUGAAGCAGAUAAAGCUCAAGUAGUAAAAGAAAUUGCGGCCCUUGAACCGAAGGAGCGUUCAUAGAGUGCUGCUGCUUUAGCUAUUACAUCAACAUAAGCUUUUCCUUCCAUUGAUAUUCAUAUUAUUCAUAAUCCCCAUCUUUUUGCUCUUUCCCAUUGAUUUUCUUCGGGUUUCCCAACAUCAUAUUUUAGAUUCAUUGAAAUGCUUCUCAUCUGUUUACACAUUAGUCUGCCAACUUGCCAAGCGACUAAUGUGUUCUGUCUUAUGGGGAAUUGGGGAUCAAACCAUCCAAACCUAAAUGAUAUGGAUUUUGAUUUUUUCCAUUGAUAUACUACCUCUCCUACCACUAUGAUCAGUAUGAUGGGUUAGUUGUAAACUGUUGGUUAGUUGUGGUAUUUUGGCUAGCAACUAUACUUAGGCUCGUCCUAGGAAUAUUUAUUGUAAGAGUAAAAUGUCACAAACUUGAUAUCCGUCUAUGGUGCACUAC